AUGGGUAGUGGUGGCAGGUUGGUGUUGGCUGCCUUCGUGGCGGUGGCGCUCGCCAUCUUGCACCCAUCGGCUGAGGCAGCAUCCCUCCGUGGUGGUGGUCCGUUCGACUCCAUCUUCGCCUUUGGCGACUCCUUCACGGACACAGGCAACAACCCCAUCGUCUUCGGCUGGUACAACGUCUUUGACGUCGUGAUGCGCCCUCCCUACGGCAUGACCUCCUUCGGUGGCCGCCCCACUGGCCGCAACUGCAACGGCCGCCUCAUCAUCGACUUCAUCGCUCAAGGCCUAGGCUUGCCUCUUGUGCCGCCGUACCUGUCGCACAAGGGGAGCUUCCGGCAGGGUGCCAACUUCGCCGUUGGUGGUGCCACCGCUCUCAACUCCAGCUUCUUCCACACCGGUGACCCUCCCGGCGCCAGCCCGUUCCCCCUCAACACCAGCCUUGAAGUGCAGCUUGGCUGGUUUGAGGAGCUCAAGCCUUCCUUGUGCCAAACGGACCAAGAGUGCAAGGAUUUCUUUGGGAGAUCGCUCUUCUUCGUGGGUGAAUUCGGAAUCAACGACUACCACUACUCGUACGGGAAGAAGAGCAUGCAGGAAAUCAGAGCAUUCGUCCCAGAUCUCAUUCAGACCAUCGCCAUGGGUGCCGAGAGAGUGAUCGAGCACGGGGCGAAGACUCUAGUCGUCCCUGGGAUGAUCCCAUCCGGAUGCGCGCCACCGAUCCUCGUCACCUUUGAGGACGCCGAUGCUUCGGAAUAUGACGCCACCACCGGCUGUCUCAAGGAGCCCAACGAGAUCGUGAAGCUCCACAACUCUCUACUGCGAGACGCGGUCCAGAAGCUGCGGGCGGAGCACCCCGAUGUGACCAUCAUCCACACCGACCUGUUCAACCACGUUAUGGAGAUGGUCAAGUCGCCUGAAAAAUUCGGGAUUAAAAAAGACGAUGUUCUUAGAGUUUGCUGUGGAGGACGUGGGAGGUACCACUACAACCUCUCGGUCGCUUGUGGUGACGAAGCCGCGAUGACGUGCGAGGAUCCGUCCACUCAUCUAUUCUGGGACGGUGUCCACUUGACGGAGGCAGCUUACCACCACAUUGCUGAAGAUUGGCUCAACACCAUAGUAAGCAGCCUGCCUACAACAGCUAGCUCUUAA